AUGAUUUGCGAUUUAACAAUUAUAGCUCAGAUCAUUGCCAUUGUUGGCGGUAUCUUUGCCAUCGUCGUAGGUAUCUUCUGGUUCAUAGAUGCUCAUGGUGACUUUUUCAUGGGUGUUAAUGGUUUCUUCAACUGUGUUUUCGGACUUAUGGUUAUCCUUACAGAAUUAUUCCGUCCAGCAUUCUUCAAGUACUUCGGAUUUAUGGUCUUAUUCUGGGGCAAAAUCAUUAUGUUCUUUGUUUUGUUCCUUAGAUGCUUCACAACAGAUUUCAAGGGCCAUACAAUUCAAGCAGUUGGAUGGAUUAUCGACUGCGUUUGCAUGGUUGUCUUCUUCAUCUUCGCCAUUUGCUUGGGCGGAGGUACAAUCCCAUUAUUCCAGAGAAAGGCCGUUAUUGAAAUGACAUAUUCUGGAAAUGAUCUCUUCAGAACAAAAGCUUAA